AUGGCAGAUGUCUGGAAAGAUUCGAAGUACGCAGACUUCGUCUUAAAGCGCUCACUCACAGAGCUUCACAGCUCCCCAGAAAGUACUGAACAAACCUCUAAAGCGGUAUGCAACCUCGAGACCCCGAGCAACACCAACACAACCAACAACAACAACGAAGUAUAUGGCAGACUCGACUCGGACAAGUUAUUCGGAGGACAGGAGGAACAACAUAGCCAGAGGAUGAGAUCAAAGCUUCUAGCACCCCCUCAACAACCUCAUACUUUUGCCCCCGCUUUCAAAGAUCCUCAGUCAUGGCCAAAAUUGGGCGGACAGCCAGGGGUGAUGAACAAGCGAAGUCCAUGCCAAGCAAAACAACAGAUCGCUGAGGCAAUGGCUAGACUCAAAGCCAUACCGGCGGAUACUCCUCAAUCUCAAAAACAACAAACAAGACAGCAAAAGUACCAAACGCAGGACCUUGAAUCCCCGACACAGCACAGUCAUAUGACAGAGAAAAAUUGGUCUCCGCACAGCUUCAACAAGAAAUAUGCAACACUUAAUGCUCCUAUCCAACUGCCUGCGGAGAGAACCAAGUCUCAUGGCUGGAAAUAUUACCCCCCGAGUAUUGUUGCCAGGUUACAAUGA